AACUAAGGAAGAAGAAGAAGAAGAGCCAAUCGAGCGUCGCGUUGUUGACGACCCGGGAGAAACAAAACUAGCUAAAGGAAAAGGAAAAGCGGCAGAAGAAUGAUUCAUACGAGUUAUGUCUCUUUGUGGAAAAGAGGAUAAAGGAGUGUUAAUAGAGCUUCGACUUUUUAAACAAUCAAUUCGGCUUCUUUAAAUUUGGCGUUGUCACAACAGAGAAACUCCUUCGUACCUUUUUGGGAAUAAAGCGGGGAUUGGUAUCAACGGGCUCUUCUUUCUUUUACAUCUAUUUAAAAUGUUGUCUACUGGAGAUGUUCAAGGUUAUCUCCGUAAACUGGAAGCUCUCCUGCGAGUGAUCAAGUACCCGGGAUACGUCGACUACAAUGGGCUGUCCAAAGGAGAUCCAUCAGCUUUUCUGCCAAUACUGAGUUUCACCCUCACCUCCUUCUCUCCACCUUUUGCUGAGCAACUGAUGGCAGCUGGUUUAGAGCUGACGGGUAAAACUGACCUCCGCUUUACGGAGGCCGUUUAUAAGCUUUGUGUGUUUCCUGUCUCCGUUUUGUCUGUCAAGGUGUUACGAGAUAUCUUCCAGUAUAAGCCCUUGCUGACCAAGCAGCAGUUCCUGCAGUGGGGCUUCUCUCAAAGGAAAAUCUCUGUCAUCUGUGACAUUAUUAAUUUGGUCCUGCAGAAACACAGCCAGCUGAAGAAGGUAUCCAGGAAGUCAUUUGUCAUACAUCACAUGGAAAAUCCUAUGACAUCUCCCACAAACUCCUCCCAUACUGAACCAUUGUCCUUGUAUAAUGGAACAUGUGCCUCUGGUGACGUACACUCCCCUGAUUCUUCCAGCAGUGACGCUGCAGAGCUGCCAGGAAAAGAGGAUAAGGACAACAGCCUCCAUAAUGUGGGAGAAGUCGUCACCGUAUCCAGAGAAAGCUGGGAAAAGCUGAUAAGCAGAGUCCUGCUGUUGGAAACAAAAUUUGAACAGAGAAAUACAGAGGUGCACAAUACACAGCCGUGCCAGUCGCCUACCUCAUCGCAUGCUUCCAGUUACACAAUUGAUCCUUCAAAGGAAGAGUGUAAACGGGCUACUGACGGGAUACAAAGGGUUGCCAACUUUGGCAAAACCAAGAAAAGAGAGGACUACCUUGAGUGGCCAGAGUACUUCAUGGCUGUGGCUUUUCUGUCAGCACAAAGAAGCAAAGACCCGAGCUCCCAGGUGGGAGCAUGUAUAGUGAACCAGGAGAAUAAGAUAGUGGGCAUCGGUUACAACGGUAUGCCUAAUGGCUGUAAUGAUGACCUGCUGCCAUGGUCUCGCUCUGCUGAUGACCGGCUUGACACUAAAUACCCUUAUGUGUGCCACGCAGAGCUGAAUGCUAUUAUGAAUAAGAACAGUGCUGAUGUGAAAGACUGCACCAUGUAUGUGGCGUUGUUCCCCUGUAAUGAGUGUGCCAAGCUCAUUAUUCAGGCAGGUCUGAAGGAGGUGGUGUAUCUUUCUGAUAAGUACCAUGACACACCUGAAAUGACUGCUUCCAGAAGGCUGCUCAGUAUGGCAAAGAUCGAGUGCAGGCAGUUCAAGCCCAAGAGGACUGAGAUUGUCAUUGAUUUUAGCUCCAUUAACUGCUCUGGAAUGCUGAACUGUGCAACCAAGUGAAAAUGCAAAUGCCUCACCUUGAGGAGCUGUUGAAUGAGGCAGUGAGUCAAAGGGACUUUGAUGCCUCUUUUUGUGCUUGUCUUCUCGCCUCCUGCUUUGUCCAAAGGAAAACUCAAGGAUAACCUGACUUUGGCAUCUUAGAUAUUUUGAUUUGCUGCUUUAACGUUUUUCUUUUAAAACUUCCUCUGGGUCAAGGAAUUCAUAAGGCUUAUGAACAAACUGUUGUGAGUAAAUCAGAAAUCUGUUUCUGUCAAGCUUGCAGGCUCGUUCUCCUCCAUGAAGAUCACUUAACCUUUGUUCACAUUCACAGCUGAGACUGGGAGAUGCUGUCAUUACUGCUGGCACUCGGAGCUUCAGCAUUCAGUAUUUUAUCACUACUUCCCUCCUCUCGGCUGAUGCCACCUCUACAAUACUGGGCUUUAAUAUUGUUAAUACGAGUUAGCUUCAUGCAGCUGAGCCUCAUCACUCAUUAGAGCCAAAUGCUCGUUUUAAUUAAGCAAACAAGCUGUGAAAGGCUGAUUGUGUACUUUUGUGAAUAUGAUUACUGCAGAUCCAGGUGACGUAGGUGCAGCGACUAAAGAUCUUGGAUGAGGUCGAAUCCUGGUGACCUCAACAUCUGACUUCAAAGUUGGUGUCAGAGGUCAAGUUUUAAGUCUUGGUGAUAAGUCAGGACGAUUUCCCGUGUAUUUAGUGCAGCUGCAUCUACUACAGGAUGAGGUGUGACGCUGGAAGCUGCCAAUAUUAUUUGCAAUUAAGUUCAUCAAACCUGUUUACCAAAAGUAAUGUCUGUAAAUUUGACCCCAUCCCUGACGUUUUACUUCUACUCUUUAAUGCCUCCUCUGUAGUGAAGAAUGUCUUUACUGCAGCUGGAGUCAAGUGUCAGAAACAGGAGCGCACCGUUGUUAUUUUGGACCUUUGUAACAGAAUGUUUGAUUGUACCACAGUAAAUCUUUCAUUCAUUAAACACACGUGAAAACGAAUCAUUUGUUUAUUUUGUGUCCGUGCACCACUGAGGCCCACACAGGUAGGAAACACUGCUCACAGCCUCGUCCACUGUCACUGCAGCUGAAAAACCUGGGACACAUUAAUACUGCCCAUGUUACACAUUAUAUUAUUUAUGUUAUUGUUAUUCUUACUUAGUGGGGGGGGGUUCUUACCACUGUUUUUUCCUGCUAUGGUGAUGGUAACCAUCAGAGAUGGGCGGUAAAGCUCCCAGGCCUCUGGUAGAGGCUCGAAGGAUAAUGUAAGAAAACAGAUGAAAGGAGAGAUGCAAGGAUUCAGUUAAAAUAAUGGCUAUUUUGAUUUUUCCAUAUUUACUUGAUUUCCCUUUUUUACAUGUAUUACUCAGUUGUUCCAUUGCUUUAAGAAAUUGCACAAAUCUGCACACAUUUAACUGCACCGUGGUGGGCCUCCUGAACCAAAAUUGCCAGGCUGAAGGGUUUUUUGUUUUUAAAUCUCUGUGAAGUCUUGCCUCAUGGGGUGUGAAUAACCAUGAAUAAUCAGAAGGCAGAGCAUUAAAAUCUUGCAGCACUUGCAAGGUCCCCUUGCUCACAAAGGCAUUUGUUGAGACCCAUUUCAAGUUUGCCAGUGAAUAUCUACAUGGUUUAAGAAGACUUGGCAGAAAGUGCUGAGGUCUGAUCAAACAAACUGCAGCUCUUUGACCUGCCAUGUUUGGAAUGUGAGAAAUGCUGCAUAUGAUCCAAAGAGCACAAUCCCCACAGCUGUGCAUGGUUGUGGAAACGUUAUCCUUUGUGGUUGUUUUUCCUGCUAAGGGUACAGGAUGACUUCACCGCACUGAGAAGCCAAUGGACACAACCAUGUAGUGAAAGUCUCGUGUUCCCUAACACUGAACAUGGGUCGUGGAUGGGUCUUCCAGAAUUAGAAUGAACCCAAACACACUGUGACGGCAACAAAAACGUGGAUAAAGAGCACAUUUUUUAUUUAUUUUUUUAGAAAGAGGGGCAAUACAUAUUAAUGAACAAGUUAACAAAUGUAAAUAUGCCAGAUUAUAGCCUUGGGCUAAUUUCCAUCUGCAGACCCUCUGGCAGGUUGGUGUUACACACAAGUUAGUAAAAACAUACAGAGACACUAUUUACAGGUCAUGUGACAAGGAC